CGCAAAGGCCGAGCCAAACCCCCAACAAAAAUUAGGGUUUAAGCAAACUGAGUGUUAGAUUCAAUCAAAAUUCAAAGCUUUAAGCUAUACAGUUUUCUGUGCAUCAAAUAACAGAAAAGAUUGAGCUCGAAAGGGAGCUCUCCAAUGGUGAAAAAUCUCCAGGUGAGCUCGAAAGCGGAGCUUAAGCGGAGGGAGAAGCAGAAGAAGAAAGCCAAGUCGGGAGGGUUCGAGUCGCUAGGUUUGAGCCCCAAUGUCUUCCGAGGAAUCAAGCGCAAGGGCUACAAAGUUCCCACUCCGAUUCAGCGCAAGACCAUGCCUCUCAUCAUCGCCGGAAACGACGUCGUCGCAAUGGCCCGCACCGGCUCCGGCAAGACGGCUGCCUUUCUCGUUCCCAUGAUCGAGCGCCUUAAGGAGCAUGUUCCUCAGAGCGGCGUUAGGGCUCUCAUUCUCUCUCCUACCAGGGAUUUGGCUCUUCAGACUCUCAAAUUCGCCAAGGACCUCGGUCGCUUCACUGAUCUUCGUAUAAGCUUACUAGUUGGAGGUGAUAGCAUGGAAAGUCAGUUUGAAGAGUUAGCCCAAAAUCCUGAUAUUAUAAUUGCAACUCCUGGUAGGCUCAUGCACCAUUUGUCUGAGGUAGAAGACAUGUCGUUGCGCACCGUGGAAUAUGUUGUUUUUGACGAAGCUGAUUGUCUUUUCGGCAUGGGUUUUGCCGAGCAGUUGCAUAAGAUUCUCACACAGCUGAGUGAGAAUCGUCAAACCUUGCUUUUCAGCGCCACAUUACCGAGUGCCCUUGCUGAGUUUGCGAAGGCUGGUUUACGAGACCCUCAGCUUGUGCGGCUUGAUUUGGAAACCAAGAUUAGCCCUGACUUGAAGCUUUCUUUUUUCACCUUACGGCAAGAAGAAAAACACGCAGCUUUGCUUUAUUUGGUGAGAGAGCAAAUUAGUUCAGAUGAGCAGACAUUAAUAUUUGUAUCGACAAAACAUCAUGUGGAGUUUCUUAAUAUUUUGUUCAGAGAAGAGGGUAUUGAGCCUUCUGUUUGUUAUGGAGAAAUGGAUCAAGAAGCGCGCAAGAUCAAUAUAUCAAGGUUUAGGGCCAGGAAAACUAUGUUUCUAAUUGUCACAGAUGUUGCAGCCAGGGGUAUUGAUAUUCCGUUGCUUGAUAAUGUCAUAAACUGGGACUUUCCACCAAAACCUAAAAUGUUUGUGCAUCGCGUGGGACGAGCUGCUAGGGCUGGUCGGAAGGGUACUGCGUUUUCUUUUUUGACCUCUGAGGAUAUGGCUUACGUUUUGGAUCUUCACCUAUUUCUCUCAAAACCAAUUAGAGCGGCACCAACUGAAGAGGAGGUUUUGGAGGACAUGGAUGGUGUUCUGUCCAAGAUUGAUCAAGCGGAUGCUAAUGGAGAAACUGUUUAUGGCCGUUUUCCACAGACGGUAAUUGAUCUUGUUUCAGAUAGAGUCAGGGAAGUCAUUGAUUCUUCUGCAGAGCUGACUGCUUUGACCAAAACCUGUACGAAUGCAUUUCGUUUAUAUUCAAAGACAAAACCAUUACCUUCAAAGGAAUCCAUUAGAAGAUCAAAGGAAUUACCCCGUGAAGGGUUGCAUCCAUUUUUUAAAAACCUUCUUGCUGGCGGAGAAUUAAUGGCAUUGGCCUUUUCUGAGCGGUUGAAGAAAUUUAGACCAAAGAUGACCAUACUUGAAGCUGAAGGUGAAGCUGCUAAAUCUAAGCAUUUAAAGGGUCCUUCUGGUGAUUGGGUUGACGUGAUGAAGAAAAAAAGAGCUGUUCAUGAGCAGAUAAUUAAUUUGGUCCAUCAGCAGCGUUCGAACAAUAAUGUGGAAAAGGAAGUCAAAAGUGAAAUAAUUCCUUCAAAAGCAAAGGAUAAAAAAGAAGUUGGCUCUAAACGGAAGGCAAGAAGCUUCAAGGACGAGGAGUACUAUAUAAGUUCAGUUCCAACAAAUCAGCAUACCGAAGCAGGACUCUCUGUAAGGUCUAACCAGGAUUUUGGUUCAAAUAGAUUGGAGUCUGCUGUCUUAGAUUUAGUUGCUGAUGACACCGCGGGAAUGCAGAGACAGAAAUCUGUAUAUCACUGGGACAAGAGAGGUAAAAAGUACGUCAAAUUAAACAAUGGCGAACGCGUUACUGCCAGUGGAAAGGUCAAGACGGAGAGCGGUGCAAAAGUAAAAGCGAACAAAACGGGGAUAUACAAGAAGUGGAAAGAACGUUCACACAAUAAAAUAUCACUUAAAGGAAGUGGUGAAGGGAAUGCUGACGGACCAAUGGCGGAUCGUCGUUUUGAAGGUAAUAAGAGAAACUUUAAGGGGGGCAGGAAGCAGCAUUUUGUGCCUAAUGCUCAUGUGCGCUCUGAAAUCAAAGACAUUGAGCAAGUUCGGAAGGAGAGGCAGAAAAAGGCAAACAAGCUUGCUCAUAUGAAGAACAACAAAUCUUCAAAGGGUAAAAAAUUUGGUAAAAAUGGGAAAAGAGGGAAGCCGAGAAAGUAGUAGUACAGGGUUGUCACAUGUUUGGUAGUUUUCUAUGUUGUAAGUUCUUGCAGCAAAUUAAUUUUAUAGCGGCACAUGGAAAAUUCUGAUAGGGUCGACUGAGGAUUGUCAUUUUGCGUGGAUAGACCGGCAUAAACGAGCAAUUUUCUUUCAUUUAUUUUUCUUCUACCUUCCAAGUUAUUGGCAAAUAUACAAAAUUAAUAUACAGACUCGUAGAGCCAUUGUAUGAUAUAUGGCCAAUUUUGUGUUUGUCCAGAUGGUCAAACAAGUGUGCUCACCCUAUGCUAAACUACAUUACAGUUUUUAAUUUUGCAUAUUU